CACUUCAGCACAAGCUACGAAGACAUUCGUUCGACGCGUAGAGAGCGGUCAAUUUCAGUAAAGAUUUCAAAGUCAUUCUGCGAGUGUCAGCCAUAAUGUGCUUCGGCAUGAUCCAAGCAGGUCUUCUCGCAUGCUUCUUUGUAGCAACUACACGGAGCGAGUUCCCAGACCAAAGCAGCAUAGUAUUUCCUGAAGUGUACGAGCAGAGAACUGACGAGUCGGAAAAAGUUCUGGUUAUUGCUGACAGCUACUCGCUUAAUCUGGUGAAAGCUUCGGUGCUCUCCGACCGUGUGAUGCUCCGUGUUUCCACAGAGUCUCGCGUCACCAAACGAUACGUAGAUGGACCCUAUCAUGAAAGACAUCUGUAUCAGGAUACCAGCAAGCAAGCCUCGCUUAUUGUAAAACCAUUGAGAGGCGGGCACUAUCACGUAACUGGGCUUUUAAAUUUCACGCAUCGAAUAGAGCCUCUCGCAAGCCAGGAAAGAUAUUCGUCCAAUAUAGCAGCGCACAUGAUAUCGAAGGUCAUAUUAAAGAAUGGCACAUCGGACGCUGAUGCCUCACUCGUUGACGGAUUCGAAGACCUAAAACUCCCAGCAAUCACGCUGCAAGAACGAGCCUUAAACAGCUUCAUAAUAGAAGUUUACUCAAUCAGUGACUCCAGACACACUGCACAUUUUGGGCAGGACACGGGACUGCACUUCGAGUAUUUGAUUGCCUAUUGGAACUCUGUGAGUCUGCGAAUGCAACAACUCACUCCUCCUGGGUACAUAGCGCUUGUUGGCAUCGAAAUGUCUUUGACCGAUGCACAUGAAGAUUACCUAUACGGCUUGCCCGAUAAGGAACUCGUCUCCAAUGAAACUCUGAUCACGUUGACCGAUUAUGCUUGGCUAAACCGUCAAGCGCGACUUGCAGACAUCACCUUCUUGAUCACCGGACGAGACUUAGUGGAAUUAAUUCCUGGAGGCGUAAAAAACAGUACUGCAGGUAUAGCCUACCUGGGCCAAGCCUGCAGAGUUCAUAAAGUCGGAAUUGCAGAGGAUGAUCCGGCUCUUUUUUCGGGGGUACACGUUGCAGUUCACGAAAUCGGACACUUGCUAUCAUCAUAUCAUGAUGGCGAACGCUCCUCAAGCGGCUGCCCGGCGAAAGACGGCUACAUAAUGAACCCUUACAAUAGUGGAAGAAAUCGUUUUACUUUCUCCAAUUGCAGCAAGAGAGCCAUCGCUGCAUUUUUGGGGUUGCACGUAUCCUAUUGCUUAAGGGACCACAAUCCACGCCGGCAUCAUGCUCUCCUACCUAACGACACAAUGAAGCUGCCCGGCCAAAUAAUGAAUGGCGACCAGUACUGCAAGCGGAACUUUCCACACCCUCAAGUCACCUACAUCAAGGCGGCCAAUGCAGUGACCAAAUACACAAAGGGAGGCAUGAACAAUUCGUAA